AUGUCUUACUUUCCUAAUAAUACACUUGCAGCUGCUCCUACAGACUGGCGGCUUCUUCUUAGCGAGGAAGACAGAAAAGUUAAUGUUGGUAGGCUUUUUAAGGGCUUAGAAUUGCUUAAUCAGAGUAGCGUGGAUGCUACACAGAGAUUUCAAUUGUCUAAAAAAUGGGAAAAUGAAGCCUAUAAUACUGCAAAUACCAGAGACGAUUAUAAUACUACCAUAGGAAUAAAGUUGAGAGAAAUUACGGGUAUAAUACAAAAUUCUGGUUCACAGAAAAUAUCGCGGAAUCUCUCGCAGCAGGCUGCCCAACAGCAACAAGCCGUUCAACAGCAGCAACAGGUCCCUCAACAACUCCACCAAAUGCAAUUAUUACAGUCACCUCAGCAGCAACAACAGCAACAGCAAUUAUUACAAUUAAUUUCACAGCAACAGAUUCCAUUGCAGCAACAGAGUGCGCGUCAACAACAACAGCAACAAAUAUUUCGGAUGUUACAAGCGAACCCUGCACUUCAUCAAAAGCUUAUUCAGCAAGAUAAUAUUCGCAAGAUGCAGUUGCGACAACAAUCACAGCAAUUGCAAAUGUCACAGAAUCCCCAACAAAUUGCAGUUGCGCAAGCGAAUGGUUUUAUGCGCCCUAAUACGCAAAUACAAUCUCAAUCUCCUAAACCUAAUCAACAAGGCGGCACAUUCCGGACAGCUCCCAGUAAUGUAUUAUCCCCGUUUUUGACAAUUUCUCCCGAAGCUCAAAUGUCAGAUGAUAUCGCCAAGAAAGUCAAUGCUUACCUCAGAACUCAUCCACAAGUUCAACAAAACAUGCCGCAGGAUAUGGCUGCAAUGUCGGCCGAAUCUCAAUUCAGAAUCAGGGCUGGUCAGCAGGUUACAACAAACACUAAGUUGUCUCCUAGCCAGAUCAUUCAAUCACCGAUAAAUACAUUAAAAACACAAGUAUCGCCGUCUCAGAAUCCAGGACCUUCCGUACUCAUAAUGCCGCCUAGGAGCGGAGUCGCAAAUAACCAAUCUCCAAAUUUACCCAAUAAUCUUUCAUCUAAAGUCUCACCUGUCAAAAUUCCUCAAAAUAGCCAGGGCAAACAGCUUACAAGUCCGGCGGUUCAACAUGCUAACGUAACAGCCAAAAGCUCCACACCUGUAAGCAUCGGCACGAUUCCGAAUUCAUCCUCGAUUUCAGCUAUGCCAUCGGGAAAUCAAGUUGUGCGCCCUGUAAUGAUGCCGAAUGAUGUCACGGCUGCAACGGUGAUGCUCGUUCCCGGAAUGGCAGCAUCUAACGCUGCACUUUUGGGUCAGGGAAAUGUAUUGUUAAAUGGUCAAAGGACUGGGGUUAUGGUUCGUCCAAACAUCCCUGUCAUGCGUCCUGGCGAUGUUACUAUGAGCAAUGGCGCGUCUUCGACCUCUGGACAAUAUGCGACAUUAACUCCAAAGGAGGAAGCAGAGGCGCUGGCUGUAAUAAAGGAAAUUGAUAAAAAAGCUCAUGAAAAGAAAAUCCAAUACCAUGAGAUCCAUGAUCUCAGCAACGAGGAUAAAUUAAAAAUCAGGGAGAAAUUGCGGGAGUUGGAGCCAAUGUACAAAAAUGUCGAUAAGGUCCUACCAUACUUCUGGCAUUAUACAAAAUCAAGCCCGGGCACAUUUCGAUUGUUGGGAAUGAAAUAUAUGAUAGAAGAUCAGAUUAAUGCUAUGCCGGGAAAAUUUCUUCUAAGCCUAGAUACUGUCGAUCACCUGCAUCAACAUUUCCGCAAAUAUUUCGAUUUCGUUGACAGUCGAAGAAGAGGAAUAGAUGUCAGCGUGAAUUUCAAUACUACAAUACGUCCACCACCUCAGUAUCCUCCAAACAUUGACUUCCCUGGGCCGCGUAUAGGUCCGUCCGAUUUGGUACUUCCAAGUCAGAGGAUGCGCAAUGAACCCAACAAUUCCACUACCGGUAAGAAGCGUCGUCAGUCGUCCACAGAACAGGAGACACAGCAGCAUAACAAGAAGCAAACGACUAAUAAUAAUAAUGUUCAGAGUAAGUCUACUCCCGAUGUAAUGAUUAUCGAUCCGCCAAACACCGCAUUGCCUAAAACCUCAGCAUUGUCUUCCGAUAACCGAAAAAGUCACGGGACUGUAAUUUCGGAUGACAGACCGACAAUAGGAUAUGAACCAUCUCAAGGGAACGCAUUCCAUAAAUCUGAUGCGACUUCAGAAGAAAUACGCAAAAGCGCACAGUGGAUGACGAGCUUACUACGAAAAUAUGUGCGAGGUGGUGUUCCGUCGUCUUUUGCCGGACCGAUGAUCGGAGCGCGCAAGAUUCGUGAUCCAAAACGUCGACUCACAGCUGUCUGGGACAUUUGUAAGGGUAAAAUGAUUUGCGAGCGUGGCGAAGACCUGGAACAGGAUAUCGAUAGAGGCUCUGAUUACGAGGAUUAUGUUCACACUGCUACCCAGAAACAGUCGGAUAAAAAAAACGGACGAAGAACUAGUAAAGAUGAGGAUCAGUCGGCCCAGGACACAAGGAAAGUUCUAACUCCAGGCGAGGUGCACCUCAUUUUCAAAAAGAUUGGCCCUCAAGAUCUUCGCGAUAUGGGAUUGAAUGCCGAAUACGCUAGACCGGACUGGAUGAUUAUAACUAUACUUCCAGUCCCUCCACCGCCCGUACGUCCUAGUAUACUAAUGGAUGGGACAGGUCGGGGAGAAGACGAUUUGACCCAUAAGCUGGCGGAUAUCCUGAAAGCCAAUCAAAACGUGAAACGGUAUGAAGCCGAAGGACACCCUGCUCACGUUGUCAACGAGUUUGAAACCUUAUUACAGUUUCAUUGCGCCACGUAUAUGGACAAUGAAAUGGCAGGCCAACCUCAAGCUCUUCAGAAAUCGGGCAGACCUUUGAAGUCAAUACGAGCGCGUCUCAAGGUUAUUACCGGUGAUCCAAAUAUCUCUGUCGAUGAGGUCGGAGUUCCAAGAAGUAUAGCUCAAAAUUUGACCUUCCCAGAACUGGUUACUCCUUUCAACAUUGACCACCUUCAGAAGUUAGUGGAGAACGGUCCUACCGAGUACCCAGGGGCCAAAUAUGUUAUUAGAGAUACCGGUGAGCGGAUUGACCUUAAACAUAUUUCUGGCAUGAGCGGAGGAUUGCGACUACAGUACGGCUGGAAAGUUGAACGUCAUCUUUACAAUGGGGACAUCGUCAUAUUUAAUCGUCAACCAUCAUUACAUAAGAUGUCGAUGAUGGGCCAUAGGGUUCGCGUGAUGCCCUAUUCAACUUUCCGACUUAAUUUAUCCGUCACAACUCCUUAUAACGCAGAUUUUGAUGGUGAUGAAAUGAACAUGCAUAUUCCACAAUCGGUGGAAACAAAAGCCGAGAUUUCGGAAAUCUGUAUGGUUCCAAAACAAAUUGUGUCCCCCCAAUCAAACAAACCUGUCAUGGGUAUUGUCCAAGAUACCCUAUGUGCCGUUCGGAAAUUCACAAAACGUGAUUGUUUUUUAUCCAAGGAUCUGGUAAUGAACAUUUUAAUGUGGGUUGCAGAUUGGGACGGUCGUCUUCCGAUACCUUGCAUCUUAAAACCAAUUCCCCUAUGGACGGGUAAACAAAUUUUAAGUAUGAUUAUUCCAAAGGGCAUAAAUUCGGACAAUCUCAGGCAUUCGACUCACCCUGAUAAUGAGCGCUCAGAUAUCUCUCCCGGUGACACUAAGGUUUUGAUAGAGGAUGGUGAAUUACUUUGUGGUAUCGUGUGUAAAAAAACUGUUGGCACGUCACAACAAGGUUUAGUGCACGUCAUAAUGCAAGAGUUAGGACCCGAGAAAGCAAAGGACUUUUUGAAUGGAUGUCAGGCAGUAGUUAAUCAAUGGUUGUUACAGAACGGAUUUAGCAUUGGCAUAGGGGAUACUAUCGCUGACAAGGACACGAUGGAGUCGAUAACACAGACGAUCAGUAAUGCAAAGAUUAAUGUAGCGGAAAUUAUUGUUAAGGCGCAGCAAGGCAAUCUAGAAUGUUCACCCGGUAUGACAAUUCGUGAAACAUUCGAGAAUCAAGUAAACAAAGCACUUAAUACCGCUCGCGAUGCUGCCGGUCGAAGUGCCGAGAAAAGUUUAAGGGAAGAUAACAAUGUCAAACAGAUGGUAAUCGCUGGUUCAAAGGGCUCCUUCAUCAACAUAUCGCAAAUGACGGCUUGCGUCGGCCAACAGAACGUGGAAGGAAAGCGCAUUCCUUUUGGAUUCAAAUUCCGCACCUUGCCGCAUUUCACAAAGGAUGAUCAUAGUCCCGAGAGUCGUGGUUUUGUCGAGAAUUCGUAUCUUCGCGGGUUGACACCACAGGAAUUUUUUUUCCACGCAAUGGGUGGUCGAGAAGGUUUAAUCGAUACGGCCGUAAAAACCGCUGAGACCGGUUACAUUCAGCGUCGUCUGGUAAAAGCUUUGGAGGACGUGAUGGUUAAAUACGAUGGGACAGUUCGUAAUUCUCUAGGUGACAUCGUCCAAUUCUGUUAUGGAGAGGAUGGAAUGGACGCGUGUUUUGUUGAACCCCAAAUAUUUGAAUCUUUGACAAUGACCAAUGAGGAAUUUGACAAUAAGUACCUCAUUGAGGUCACCAGGGAGGAUGUGAAGGACAAGGAAAGUGAUAAUGAGCAGAAAGAGGAUGAAGUUGCGGAACCCAAGAAACCAAAGACAGCACAAGACUUGGUCAAGGAAAAGAUUGUUGAGGAGUAUAAUCAAUUGAGUAUUGAUCGUAGAAUGUUACAACAGGAUAUUUUCACGGAAGGCGAUAGUAAAUGGCCGUUACCGGUCAACCUCAAGCGUCUCAUAAAGAAUGCUCAACAAAAAUUCAACAUCAGACUUUCGCGCCGGACGACCAGCGAUCUACAGUUCAUAGAUGUCAUAAAUGGUGUUGAGGAGGUGAUCACUAAAUUGGAGGUGGUCAAAGGCAGUGACCAGAUCAGCAUUGAGGCACAAUCCAAUGCUACCAUGUUAUUCAAAAUUUUGCUGAGAUCGUGGUUGGCGAGUCGGCGGGUAAUCGAGGAAUUUCAUCUUAACUCUCAAGCAUUGAAGUGGGUAUUGGGGGAAGUUGAGGCGAGAUUCCGAAAGGCGCUCGUUUCUCCCGGUGAAAUGGUUGGGACCAUUGCUGCACAAUCUAUCGGAGAACCUGCGACGCAGAUGACUCUGAACACCUUUCACUAUGCUGGUGUGUCCAGUAAAAACGUCACCCUUGGUGUACCUCGUCUUAAGGAAAUUAUCAAUGUCGCUAAAAAUAUUAAGACACCAUCCGUUCACAUCUACUUGGUGGAGGAGUGCGCUAGCGAUAUGAACAGUGCUAAGGAAAUUCAAAGUACAAUCGAAUACACCACAUUAAGAACUGUAACACAACGUACGGAAAUAUGGUAUGAUCCGAAAAUUUAUAGCUCGGAUAUAGAGGCAGACAGGGAAUUCGUGGAGUUAUAUUAUCAGAUGGAAGGUGACGAAAUGUCCAACGGUGGAUACCAAUCCCCUUGGGUUUUGCGAUUUGAACUUAACGAGAUGGCGAUGCUUGAUAAGAAGUUACACAUGGACACUGUUGGAAACAAAAUACAGGAAAAUUUCUCGGCCGACAUACAGGCAAUAUGGAGCGACGACAACGCUGAAAACAAAGUCAUACGUUGUCGCAUUAAGAUUGAAUCCAGCAAGGACCAAACCGACGAAGUUGGAAAUAGAAUCGAAGAGGACGUAUUUCUGAAACGCGUUGAAAAUAAUAUGCUUUCAAAUAUCGGUCUUAGUGGUAUCAAGAAUAUAAAACGUGUAUACUUAACCGACAGUCAGAAAACGCGUAUUUCCGUUGAUGAGUCUGGAAAAAUUAUUAAGGGGAAUGAGUGGAUACUUGAGACCGAUGGUACGAACCUGUUGGAAGUGCUUAACGUGGACAAUGUAGAUCACAGGCGUACCUAUUCCAACAAUUGCGUUGAAAUUAUGGAAGUACUAGGAAUUGAGGCGACGAGAGCUGCUCUGUUGAAGGAACUUCGUGGCGUGAUAGAGUUCGACGGUUCCUACGUUAAUUAUCGUCAUUUAGCACUUUUGUGUGAUGUGAUGACGUCUCGUGGUCACCUGAUGGCCAUCACCCGACACGGAAUUAAUCGCGCAGAGACCGGUGCAUUAAUGAGAUGCUCUUUCGAAGAGACGGUUGAAAUUCUUAUGGAAGCAGCGGCUGCCGGAGAGACCGAUGAUUGUAAAGGUGUGGCGGAAAAUAUAAUGCUCGGUCAAGUUGCACCGUUGGGUACCGGCGAAUUUGACAUAUAUCUUGAUCAAGAGAUGCUUAAAACCACCGCACCUCCUAUAGAAGGACAAAAUAAGGCGAUGAUUUUUGAAACUCGUCGUACAUUGGGGAGCAUGACUCCUUCGCACGUACCAAUGACACCAUUUACGAUUGGAAGUCACACUCCCGCGUACAUGAUGUCUCCUUCAUACGGAAGCAAGUCUCCUCAAUAUUAUGCGCCUACCUCUCCCGCAUUUUCACCGGUGCUCGAACCCACAGGAUCGAAAGCAAUCACGGUCGGACAAAAUUAUCCUUGGUCAAGUCCUUACAACUCGAGCAGCCCCGCUUACGGCCCAUCUUCACCUCAGUAUUCCCCAAGCUCACCUUCCGCGGCACCUUUCGCACAUUCUCCGGCCCCCGCUUUCACACCCCAGAGUCCCGCCUAUAGUCCCACAAGCCCAUCCUAUUCCCCGACAAGUCCACAGGCGAGUUAUGGCAUUGGUAGCAGCAUGGCCAGUGCAACUCCUUCUAACUAUAGGCAGGCGACCAGUCCUACUUAUUCUCCAACCAGUCCUUCGUACUCCCCAAAUUCUCCGAGCUAUUCGCCCACAUCUCCGAGCUAUACACCGACAUCCCCGAAUUAUACGCCGACAUCCCCCAAGUAUUCACCCACUUCGCCCAAUUACUCACCGACAUCGCCGAGUUACUCGCCGACAUCACCCAACUACACACCGACAUCGCCAAGAUAUUCUCCUACGGCCACAGCUCAACACUACUCGCCUACGUCUCCAAUUUAUUCACCCAC